AUGGCAGGCAACGCGAAAAGUAUGAUGCAGCUGAAUUUCUUCGAUGCAGCUUGCACCGGAAGUCAUACAGCAAUCGGGCAGUGGAAGGAUCCAGCCGACAAUUCACGAACCAAAGACAGACUCGAAUAUUGGCUAUGGCUUGCACAACUCGCAGAGAGGGGAAAGAUUACUUCAAUCUUCAUUGCCGACAGUUAUGCCGGACACCAGACGUAUGGAGGCUCUGCAGACGCUUCGUACAAAGGUGGCUCUCACAUUGGGAAGCUGGAUCCCCUCACAAUUGUAUCGGCGAUGGGAGCAGUGACGAAGACUGUUUCAUUCGGAAUCACGGCCAGCACAUCGUACAUUGCCCCAUACGCGUUGGCUAGAACCUUCUCGUCUCUUGAUCAUCUGACCAACGGCCGUGUGGGAUGGAAUAUCGUUACGAGUCACAGUACUUCUGCAGCACAGGCCUUCGGUCGGGACGAAGUGGUACCCCACGAUGAGAGAUACGCUGCCGCUGAGGAAUAUAUGGACAUCGUGUAUCAGUUGUGGGAGAAGUCCUGGGAGGACGGCGCACAGCUUUUCCAAGAGGAGCCAGAAAUGGCGUACGACCCCCGCAAAAUCCACAAGAUCAAUUAUGAGGCAAAUACCACAAAAUGA